UUAGCGUACGGAAUAUUAAUGCAUUAUCGUUUCGGUGCUAAUAUAUUCUUAUAUAUGUAUUAAAUUUGCCCCGUUUUCUUAAUCUGACAAUAAGAGAUAAUAAUGUCAACAAAAAUAUGCGAUUUUAAUCUUGACAUAAAAAGUGCUAAGGUAAUGUAAAUAAACCGUAGGCAGCUGAUUAUAAGACAACUUUUAUAUAAUUACUAAACAAUUUUUAUGGCAUAAAUUAAUUUAAUUAAUUAAAAAAUAUAAUUAAUAAAAUUGAUACCAUUCUAAUCAAUAUAAAAUUAUCAUUUUAUUUAUUCAAAUCAAAGUGCUACUUAUGUAAUUUUCCGACUCUUCAAUUGUGAAACUUAGAACAAUAGCAAAAUGAACGACAAAAUCAACGGUAAUGGAUUUUCAAUAUCGGUGAUUGAUAAAAAUGGACACAGCAAUCCAGCAUUCACUCAAAGCCAUGAAAAUUUGGAAAAUGGGCAUGCAAUCGAGUUUCAGACAAGGAAUCAUGACACAGCGAGUAUCACCAGUACGGAGGUGGACGAGAGGCCGAAGUGGUCGAACGGAGUCGAAUUUUUGAUGUCCUGCAUAGCCAUGUCAGUAGGUUUGGGAAAUAUUUGGCGAUUUCCAUUUACUGCGUACGAAAAUGGUGGGGGAGCUUUUCUCAUACCAUACAUUAUCGUAUUAUUUGUUAUUGGAAAACCUGUGUAUUAUUUGGAAAUGACAUUGGGGCAAUUUACUAGUAAAAGUUCAGUGAAGAUUUGGGCUUUAUGUCCAAUUUUAAAAGGCAUAGGCAUUGGUCAAAUAAUAUCAACCUGCUGUGUAGUUUCCUACUACUGUUGCCUGAUGGCUCUGACUUUGUUCUAUUUAUAUUCGUCGUUUGCCUCCGACUUGCCCUGGUCCUAUUGCAAGCCGGAGUGGGAGGAAACCAUCAACAAAAUUUGUGUUGAUUCAGCUCCUAGCAGCAAUUCAACGACUUCGACGCUGCAAGGAAAUCUAACGAGAUUUUCCUCUUUGGAAUUACGAUUUAGUUCAGAGCUAUUAUUUGAAAUCGAUAUUUUAGGUUUACCAGAUGUUAAUUUGACGAUUUGUCUCUUUGUUGCAUGGUUAGUAGUGUUCCUGGUAUUGGUCAAAGGCGUGAGCAGUUCCGGAAAAGUCUCAUAUUUCCUGGCAAUUUUUCCAUAUGUUGUUAUGAUUGCCUUGCUGAUACGUGCAGCAACUUUAGAAGGAGCAGGAAAAGGAAUUUUGUUCUUCAUAGAACCUCAAUGGGGAGAACUUCUAAAUCCUAAGGUUUGGCACGCUGCUGUGACCCAAGCUUGUUUUUCGUUGUCUCUUUGCAAUGGUGCUAUUAUAAUGUUUUCGUCAUAUAACAAAUUUGAUAACAACGUCUACAGAGACGUGUUAAUUGUUACAACAUUAGACACAUUCACAAGCUUAUUGGCCGGAACAACUAUAUUUGGAAUUUUGGGCAAUUUAGCUCACAAUUUGAAUAUUGAUGACAUAGGUCAGGUAAUACAGAGUGGAACAGGUUUAGCGUUUAUUUCUUAUCCUGAUGCUAUAUCCAAGUUUGAUAUGGUGCCACAGGUAUUUUCUGUCUUAUUUUUCUUCAUGUUAUUUGUUCUCGGGGUUGGAUCAGCGGUAGCCCUACAUGGAGCUAUUAUUACGGUGAUAUCGGAUCAAUUUGGAAUUCGCUAUUGGAAAGUUGCUCUUGCAGCCAGCACAGUCGGCUUUUUGAUUGGAUUGGUUUAUGUGACACCCGAAGGACAAUGGCUGUUGAAUUUAGUAGACUACUUCGGUGCAACGUUUUUGAUAUUCGCUCUGGCCAUUAUACAGAAUAUUGGAGUUUUUUGGAUUUAUGGUCUCGAAAAUUAUUGCCUCGAUGUUGAAUUCAUGGUCGGUGUCCGUGUGGGUCCAUAUUGGCGCAUCUGCUGGGGCUUUGUUACCCCAGUGUUGAUGACCAUUAUAUUUAUUUAUUCACUAGCAGUAAUGAAACCACUCAAAUAUAGUGAACUCUUUUAUCCUGAUUCCUAUUAUGCUGCUGGAUGGACAAUGUUAGCAGUUGGUAUACUUCAAGUACCACUUUGGGCAAUUUGGAUAUAUUUGAAAAAUAGAAAACAUUCCAUUAAUGAUACAUUGAAAAACGUGUUCACUCCCAAUGAGAAAUGGGGACCAAAGAGUAACAAGAUUCGGAAAGAAUGGAUCAAAUUUAAAACAAGCGCUAAGGAAAGGCGAGAAGCCAUGAACCUUAAUUUGUUUCAACAUGUGAUGUAUAGUUUUCUAGGAAAGUAUAAAUACAAUGAUUAA